AUGCCUCUAACACGACGUCAAGAGACACCAGAUUCCAGUAGUGAAUUAUCCUCUCCGGAUACUGUCGAGAAACACCUCAGGAGCAUCCAUGAACGCUAUAAAGCCCUACUAGAAGAGAAUGCGCGAUUACGAGGCCAGGUUGCUUCACUUGAGGCAGAAGCCCAAGUACUUCGGACGGAAGCCUCAAGGUUCAAACGAAAGUACCAAAAGAUACGAAAGGCAGAGCUAGCUCGGGAGACAAAUGAACUCAAUGGGGGGACGUCCGCUUCCGCUUGGGAGGACCGGUACUUGACUAUGAAAAAGAUGGAGGAGGUUGUAGUGGAGGAUCCUGGAGAGGACGGAAAGUAUCCGGAUUGCUCCAUCUGUUAUGAGGAGCUCACGUUGGAUACAGCAGCCGCGUUUCCGUGCGAGCACACGUAUCACCUCGAUUGCAUACGAGCGUUGGACACAAAUCUCCGCGCUCAAGGUGGCGUUAACAAGCCCUUAUCGUGUCCGUCCUGCCGUCGGGAAUGUCAUCUCCGGGACGUUAUGAAAGUGACCAAAUCUGCACGAGACCAAUGGGAAGAAUUAAUCACAAUAGCGACUGAAUGGGCGACGUUGGACACCGAAAUGGACGAAGCGGAGACUGAAGUAUCUGACAAGAUUUCCGAACAAGCAAGCUUUAUCGAAGAUGACAUAGGGACGGCGGAGGAAGACGAGGAAGGCGUCGCGGAGGGGCUGAGUAAGGACGAACGGAAGUCUGACGAUGAAGCGGAGAUGCUAAAGAGCCCAUUGCGGGCAGCAAAGCGGAGGCGGCUCGAGGAGCUUGCAGCAUCACGCUCGGCCAAGAAGCAGCGAAUGCUAUGA